AUGAAUCGUCUUAUGAUUUGUAUGUUUGUUCUUGCAAUGUGUUUUGGGUUAAAUGUAUCAUCAUGGUUCAAAUGUCCGAACAACAAAAUUCUAAUUGAGAACGAUCUUGGUCCCGGUUUGGUUCUCCAGUACCAUUGUCACUCCAGAGAUGACAAUCUAACUGUUGCAAAUUUACAAUUCAAAGAAAUGAAAAGAAUAGUAUUCGGGGACAAGUUAGGCAGAAGGACAAGAUGGACUUGUACUUUGAAACAUGGAUUGUACAUGCGAUAUAGUAAAGAAUUUAUAGCAUACAAAGCCGGUGUCAUUGAUGAUUGUGAUAAAUGGCGUCAUUGGAUUGCCAAACGUGAUGGAAUUUAUCUUAUAAAAGAUAAAAAGCUGCCAGCAGUGUUCAAACAUGCAUGGAUUAAAAAAACUAAAUAAUGUUUAU